AUCCAAAUGUCUGACACUAUCGCUGGCUCUUGUCGAAAGCGGCCAGUUGCACCAUUCAUUUGUUACAGCCAGCAACAAUUCAAGGAAAUGCAAGGGCCAGACAACACUCGACGAAAAAUGACUAGAAAGGAGAUUGGGGAAAGGUGGAAGGCACUCCCCUCUGAUGAGAAAAAGAGGUUUGUCGAAAUGGCUAAGGCGAGCGCUGAGGAACACGCCAAAGUAGUACCAUGUGCACCGAAGUCUGAAAAGGGUAAAAGGCAACUCCGCAUAUCAUUGAAGUCAAUUGUUGAGCUAGUUAACCGGUUCAACGAAGCACAAAAGCAGGCAGUCAUUGACAUUGGGUUUGCUGGCCUCCUGGGGAUGAAGUGUACACGUAUAGAUCACGACUUGUGCGCAUGGUUGGUACAGAACUUCGAUCCUGACAGUAGUUCAUUGAAUGUUCAUGGUUGUCAAGUCAGGCUCACGUGUAAGGCAGUUAAUGUUUUAUUGGGAAUACGGUGUGAAGGCGAUGACGUGCAGUUGGCUGGGUCAUUGGAAGCAUAUCCCAAUAUCUACGAUGAGGUUGGAGUUGUUAACGGAGUCAUUCCUUUGAACAAGUUGAGACUUUAUCUGACCGAGACUGCUGGUGCGGAGGACGAGUUUCGGCGGAAAUUUGCGCUGUACGUGUUGGGGGCCAUGUUGUGUCCUACCACAAUGACCGGGUUGAAGCCAUCGUUCAUUCAUGCCGUGAAGGACGUGAAUCGUAUGCGAGCUUGUAAUUGGGCAAAGUUGACACUGCAAUUCCUUCACAACGGUGUUCGCAAGUAUAAAGGUCAUCGCGGUGCAACUGGAUGUGUUUUCCUGCUAAUGCUGUUGUACCUUGAUUGUGUUUGUCUGAGCUCGACUACGACGCGGUCCACACCUCGGCUUCAUUAUUGGGGUGAUACCCAAAUACGGGAGACGCUGCGACGUAUCAGAAGGAAGCAAAAUUUCCCAACAAUUGCGGUGGAGUUUGAUUACAGUAACGCCGAUGAUGCUGACAUGGAUGCAUGCCAUGUCGAGAACCAACAAACAGGACAGUACAAUGAAGUCCGUAUGAGCAAUUUGGAGUCCGACAUUCGUGAACUGAAGGAAAUGAUGAAGCAAGUUCUCCACAACCAAACAGAUUUAAUGGAGAUGUUGCGACAUUUCGAAGGCAAGCAAGUUGUUCGCAAUGACAAGGUGGAAGGCAAUGAUGUGUGUAUCAUUAACCUCUCCUCCAAUGUUGCUCAACUGAAGGACAUGCUGAAGCAACUGCUUCAACGUUUCAGUUUGGGCUGCAACGAACCGUUCACUGAACAAACCAAUUUACGUGAACUGAAGCAAAUGCUACACCACCUCAUCGAAGGUAUAUUCUCUACACCGCAACCGGCAGGCGUGGCCAAACAGGGUGUGGACCCUGCUGUUGGAGUCGAGGCGCAUGAGGAUGGCGUGGUCAAACCAUCGGACGAAGUUAACCCAAUGGAGUGUAAUAUUUCAGAUGUACAAGGGGUGGAUCACCAACAACAUAUUUUGAAGGGAACCUUGGCAAGGGACAAAAGUCAUUUGCAUGAUGGGCACAAGCUGAACAUCGAAGAAGGUGGCGACAACAACAAGAAGGGAGGCCUUCAGUCAGGGGAAACAUAUGAAACUGAAGAUAAAUACAGUCCUGACCUUCAGUCAGUGGGCGUGAAGAACGUGGCGUGCGAUGUGCAUACUUCUCCUACUAAGCUUGGCAAACCAUUGGGAGCAACUGGAAUCGUUAGAAGAAGUGCAAAGGGAAGACGAAAAGGAAAAGGAAAAGGAAAAAUGUGCGGAAGUGGAGUUCAAGCCACUGAGGUCGGGGAUAUGCAAUUGUGCAUCGAUAGCAAAACAAAUAGUGGAGUUGACGACAGCAGUUCACCUGUGGAUGUUGAUGGUGUGGACAACGUGAACAAGGACUCGUUGACGAUGUUGGACAGCGAAGGGUUGUUAUCGGCGGAGGAACAAAAACUUCUUCACUAUGUAUUUGACGAUAGCAAAAAUGAAAUGGACAUUGUUGUUUCCAUGAAUCUUCAUGGACGGGCAUGUGAAGUUGGCACCCGGCGUGACAUGCGCACGCUCAAACCAGGGUCGUGGCUAUCCGACACUCCAAUCAACUUGGUGGUGGUGCAAUUGACUAAUCGACAGAGGGAUUUACACAAUGACGGGAGGCACACUGAUUGGUUCUUUCCCGUAUAUCUGUCGACUAUGAUUCUAAAUAAAGAUAUGCAACCUCUGGACCAUGAACAUAUCGUCACAUCAUUUUUCGGACAUGACAGAUACACUGGUGCGAUUGAUGCAUGCCAGAGGAUUUACGUGCCUUUCAAUUACAGAGGAGUGCAUUGGUUGUGCGUUAAAAUUGAUAUGGUGGACCGUGUAGCCUACCUAUUCGACUCAGUCCCAUCCAACCGACCGAACAAAAGGAAGCUAAAUGCAGCUAAAAUUUUGGUUGAAACUAUGCACGACUUGCUGCAACUACACUUUGGAAAUGAUUAUGUUACAGACGUGCGUACCUUCCACCGCUGCAUGUUAGACGAGAGGCCAGUACAACAACUGGAUGAGUAAUCCACAAUCCCUCCCUCACAUUAAUGUCUAAGCUGCAUGACUGACUUAAUGAACCUAUUACGUAUUGACGACAACUUUAAUGUGAAAUUAUUUUUGUAGCACGUUUGACUGUGGGAUGUUCGUCAUCAAAUUCAUGCAGCAACCUGAUUUAAGCCCCGGUCCACACAAGUUCGCUCCCUCUGUGCGUCAUAAGUUGUUGGUUGACAUCGUUAUGGAUGUCAAUAAUGCAAAGAUCGCAGAGUACCGGGACUGCCUUCAUAUGAGC